AUGGAAAAGACGCCACGUCCUCCGCGGAAACAAAAUUCAAGCUGCGACGGCUGCCGGGCCUCAAGGAUCCGUUGCGAUGCUGUGCACAGGCGAGAAGGAGGAGGAGCCGCUGUUGUUGGCGGCCUUCGCGAUCGCAGAUGCACCAACUGCGCCCGGAAAGAGCGGCCUUGCACUUUCAAGUGGCUUCAGGUCACGAAGCGGCGUCGACGUGCGAGCUCGGCGUUUUCUGUCGACAGCGUUGAGAACGGAGAAGACGCAGUGCAUCCGCCAUUCGAUCACGAGGGGGAUAUACAUAAAGGUGGACGGUCUGUAUUUCUAAGCCGAGAAACAUCAUCCUCAAGAUCCACCGCGUCCUCAAGAGUUGCCCGCGCGUUCAACCUACGUGAGGAUUCGAUCGAAUCCUCCAUGUGGCACAUCUUCUCUUCGGUCUUUGAGACUGCACUCGGCGUAUGGCUCGGCAGUGGCUGCUGUCCAUACCCGGGUCUUCCAGAUGGCUCGAGAACAAUCAUUUCCAGGCUGUUUGUGAGCUUGGACGAAUGGAAAUGCCCGUGCCGGGGUCACGAUGGCCAAGUUGAAACCCGACAUCCAGUCCCAGGACCAGGAAAUGUCUGUGUCAAAGCAGACACGGUGGUCAACCAGGCCUUAAACGUAGCUGUCCACGCAUUCAGUGUCCGGUGGCUCCCUCUGGUUGCUGGAACGAACAUUUCAACCGACAAACUGAAUGACCUGGCCCGCAGGCUUUGGCAAAACGCACGGUCUAAAAUCCUCCUCAUCUUGCAGAGGCGUUGCUACAGAUCGAUAUUGGCACUGUAUAUCUUUGGGAUGACUCCUGUUCCACCGGGCCUCGAGGAUGAGGACCUCUCGCACGGGAAUAUCGGUGAAGUGUGCAUUGACAUUGCGAUGCGGCAGUUACUGAGUGUCCGGGCAAGGCGUAGACAGGUCAAUCGCUCCGAGUCCACCGCUAUGACAACCAAGUCCGCGCUCGUAGGAGCAGGAGCAAGAGCAGGACCAGCAGUCGACCUCUCUGAUACAGUUGACGAGGGCUACCAACUCCGCGAAACCAUCGCAUACUGGGCUGGAUUCGUCUUUGAUACUUCGGCGUCCUUGACCACUGGUCUACCGUCUAUUCUCCACGCAAGCCUCCUUGGCUUCGAACAAGAGGGUACAGUGCAGCUCCUACAAAGAACCGCGCAAGAUUUUCACGACAAGACGGAGCCGUGGCGACUCAACGGCUUCGAGGUGACCAAUCAAUGCGCGAUCUGGAUAGUUCAGUCGGCCAGCGGUUGUAAAGGGUUGUUCUGGAAAGCGGUCGCCUCCCUCCGCGAAGCGUUCAAUUACCGCCACGAGCCGCACCUCGUUGUCCGUGCACAGACGGCCGUUGUCCAAUGCAUGCACAGAUACGACGUCACAUAUGCUCCGCUGCUCGCUGCGUGUAAGCGAGCAUUGCUGUUCCUCGACUUCGAGGCCCAGCUCAACUGGUACCUUCUCGCUCUUCAUUAUCACUUAGGACUGCUGAUCCUGUACGAUACCCUGAAUAUUUUUGACAGGCGAGAUUUGAUAUCAAACUUGAGCAUCUUGCAACGGGCUGCAGUACAAGAGACCAUCAAUAUCAUCUCGCUGGGGAUGCAAUGUAAAUUCUCGCUUCAGACUGUAUUUGGCUCAAUGGUAGGGUCACGUCGCAACGACAUGGUGUGCCUCCUCAGCAUUGACCCCUACCCACACCAUGUGGCCACAGCUUUGAGGCUGGUAUCGGAUUUCUUGAAAAAACACUCUAGCUCUAGUGAGGUUUGCCCGAGCUCUGAAGCCCUCACCCAGAUCCGACAUAUUGCAACCAUGGCGUUUGACCAACUUCCACAAUGCUCCGCCUCUCUCCAGUCUUCUCGAACGAGCGUCUUUGCAGAUCUGAACGACGUCCAACAGCUCCAAGGAUCGCUCGCCCUGGAUACUCACGAGGCACCAAAAAGCAGUAUCGAACAGGCUCAUGUACAACACGACCAAGGCGACGGCGUGCAUGAGUUACGCGAAGAAGAUUUCCAGGCCAUCGACGGGCUUGAUAUCGAAGCAGAGGCAGAGACCGGAACUGAACCCGCGUACCCCGUCACGGACAAUUUGGCGAGGGAUGAAAACUUGACGAGCUCCGUCCUCCUCGAUCAACAAUGGGACUGGACAUCGAGUGACGAGAGUCCAUUGGGCUUUGAAAUCCCCACGGGGGAUAUGUUUCUGACCGAUCACGGCCUGUUCGAAAGGGAGUCUGCGUCGGAGCCUGGCGCGCCGCCGUUAUUCCUGCUCGUGGAGCUGGUCGACUGGUUCUUGGAUGUGACGGGAGAGGAUCUUUUUGAUGAUGAUGAUGAUGACGACGACGAUGAUGAUGUCGAAGAUGAAGUUGAAGAGGUCUGGAAAAGACUGGCUGGUGUAAUGGGUGUUGUGUUCAUGGAGAGCACUGAUUUGCGGGCGAAGAAAGCCGAUGCCAUUGUGUACUAG